AUGCCCCUGUAAACUCAGUCUGAAGAAGUUUCCCUUCAUUGAACCUACUCCUGGAAAUUGAGCACCGGCGAACCUAGACCCGUGCCACCAUGUCCUUCAUCGCAGACUUCUUCAAGCAGAUCUUCUAUCUGGGCCUGCCCGGUGACUCGACCUUACCCAGUCAGGGGACUGUGACUCCUGACCCAGAUUUCAAUGUCGAUAGGGAUGUACUCAUCUUGGAUAAGGCCAUCAAGGCCAAGGGUGUGGAUGAGAACACCAUCAUUGAUGUGCUGGUGAGGAGGAGCAACGCCCAGAGACAGCAGAUCAAAGCUACCUAUGAGAAGGCUAAAGGCAAGCCUCUGGAGACUGCCCUGAAGUCGGCCCUAAAGGGAGACCUGGAGGAUGUGGUUCUGGCUCUGCUCAAGACCCCAGCCCAAUAUGACGCCCAACAGCUCAAACAGGCCAUGAAUGGAUUGGACACAGAUGAGGAUACUCUGGUUGAGAUUCUGGCCUCCAGGACCAAUACGGAGAUCAGAGAGUUAAAGAAAGUCUAUAAGGGAGAAAACAAAAAGGAGCUAGAGGAUGACAUCAAAUCUGACACAAGCGCAGACUUCAGGAAUGCUCUGCUCUCACUCUGCAAGGCUACUAGGAAUGAGGACACCAUGGUGAACCAGGAACUUGCUGACAGUGAUGCCAGGGCCCUGUAUGAGGCUGGAGAGAAGAGGAAGGGAACAGACUGCUCUGUCUUCAUUGACAUUCUGACCUCCAGAAGUGCUCCUCAGCUCCGCCAAACGUUUGAGAGGUACUCCAAGUACAGUAAGGUGGAUGUGGCAAAGGCUAUUGACCUGGAACUGAAGGGAGACAUUGAGAACUGUCUGACUGCCGUAGUGAAGUGUGCUGGAAGCAAGCCGGUUUUCUUUGCUGAGAAGCUAAACUUGGCAAUGAAGGGUAAAGGAACCAGGACCAAUAUUCUGACCCGGGUCAUGGUGAGCAGGUCUGAAGUCGACCUGGCCCAGAUUAAACAGGAGUACAAGAAGACGUUUGGGAAAACCCUCUCCCAGGAAAUUCUGGAUGACACCAAGGGAGACUAUGAGAAGAUCCUACUAGCCCUGUGUGGAAGUGACAACUAACUUUCUCUCAGAUCUCACCUGGAGCCAAUUACCACAGUGCAUGAGUGCCAAUGGAGAAUAAUGUACAUAAAUGUUCAUUAUGGUAAGCAACAUUGACAUAUAUUUAGCCAAGCUACAGCAGACUUGAGGAUCUAUAGUGGAAUAUACCAGACACCAUUUGUGUGGCAAGAAUAUGCAGUGGUGUUGUGCCCUGGAUAACUGGUCCUUCGUGCAAAUAAAGCUUUUUAUGUUGCUUCAAAUUGUC